CUUCAUGUCUUGGCUAUAUGUGUCCUCGGAAAACUUUAUCGAGUCAUGUUCGCUUUUGAGAUGAUCUCGAGUUAUGACGCUACACAAACGAUAUCUACAAAGUACCUUUGACAUGUCCCCAAUGACAACCAGAUAUAUUCUGGUUCUCAUAUCUUGUUUUAACAGCUCAUUCCGGACACAGCCGCCAUGAUUGAUUAAACAAUCUGUUGUCCGAACAUUUGUAGAUGCUCUUUCCUUCUACGACAUGUGUCGUCUUAACAGAAAAUCCUUUGGUAUCCUGUUUUCCAUAGUACACGGCACGAUACAUGACCUCAAGACUCAGACAUCCCACAACACACACACCCCCAACCUUCCUUUCUCGUCUUGCAUGUGUACUUAUAAUAUUCCCACUCCAAAUAGUUCGCACAUCUAACCUCCCAUUACCCAUGCAAAGACUUCCCCCUAUGAAUUUCACGAAGAAAAUAAAGAAUAGAUGCCGAUAUUCACAGUUUUCGUAGCACAACAACACAGUGCAUAGCCUAGGACGAGAAUGUGACAUCCAACAUCGCACCUUCCAUCUUACCCUCCCGUU